AUGAGAGCUGCACACAUCGAAGGUCGACUUGAAUUAGCUAACUUUUCGUUAAAACGUGGAGUACCAGUGGGAUGUCUUACCGCAGGCGCUGUGACCGGAGCUGCUGUACUUGGUGAAGCAUUCGGAGGAGUUGGAGUGUUAAUUGUUGCCGGCAUAGCAUUUUCGCCUGUUACCUCACUUGUUUGUGCCUCAGUGAUUGAUGGAGUUGCGGUGAGUGCCGUAAAAUUAUUGAUAAACAGGUUUUGGGCUAAUCAUCAACAUAAAGCACUCGGUUAUUUAAAUAAAAUAUUUGAAGGUUUAGUUCAAUUGAAGGCAGCCAAUUUACAUUUUAUGCGAUACAUGACUGAUGCAGAAGAAAAAGCAAAUCAAGUAUCAGAAGAAAUUAAAGAUAUUCAAUUGUGUUUAAUAAGUGAACGUCAACGACGAGCAAAUCGCGCUGUUUGUACUCAAACUAUGAAAUAA